GUUUAUCAGGUAUCAGGUAUCAGUAGGUCGGCUCUAGAGGCACGUUCUCCUCCAUUCGGGAAAUUUGUGCCAUCGCCAUGAACACGAGCCUAUUCAUCAUUUACCUGACGGAGAAGGGAAGGAAAAAGGAUAGGACAUGGGAAAGGACAGUCACAAACAAUCAAAACAAAGUCCAACUUCGCGAACGCUCACACGCUGCGGUGAUCGAAAGAAACCAAAGAAACUCGCGUACUUCCGUAGCUCCAUCAUGGCUGUAACAGUGGAAAACUAUCUCCUGUGCUGCCGGAUAUGCAUGCGGUUGGAGAAAAACGAUUACUUCUUGGAUAUCUACAGCAGCGAGUUGCCCGGGACAGAUGUAAAAGUGCAAGAGGCUCUGCUGAAGACGACGGGGCUUGAGUUCACUGGGGACCUGCAUUUGCCCUCGAAAAUCUGCCAAUCUUGUCAGCUACGCCUGCACGACGCUUUUAACUUCAAAAUGGAAUGUUGCAAUAACAACGUGCUGCUCGAGUCGUUUAAAAGGGAAGCCCUGGAACAUUUUUUCAGAGCGAAUCGAAUAGAGGUAAAAGAACUUUUAGUCAACGACGACGAAGAAGAACCUCUAAGCGACCCGACAAUAGGCACGUCAACGAACGUUAGGGAAAUUCUUCAAAUAGAACGCCUGGAAACUCCAAAUGAUGCCUACGUGAUAUACGAAGUCGGAGACGAUAUCCAGGUGCAGACGAAAGUAGAAACGGAGGAACCGGUGUCUGACGAAUCGACGGAAGAGGAAGAGCAACAACCCAAUGCCGUUGAUUUCAUUUUGAACAAUCUGCAGCCGGCCCACAAAAACAAACAAAAAAAAACUACGAAGGCGAGAAAAUCGCGCUAUUCCCCUUCAAACGGAUGUGAGGUAUGCGGUAAAACAUUCCAGCGGAAGUCCAACCUGGUCGAUCAUCUGCGAUUGCAUGCGAAUGUGAAGCUGUUUUCUUGCAGCUACUGCAGCGCAUCCUUUGUACAGGCCGGCAACCUGAAGAGUCACAUCCGAAGGCACACGCUGGAGAAGCCCUUCAAGUGCCAGUAUUGCGACAAAAGCUACAGCCAGUCGAGUGCGCUCAAGACUCAUGUCAGAACUCACACGAACGAGCGGGACUACGUGUGCGAUGUGUGCCAGAAGGCGUUCACCAAUAGCUCGGAUUUGCGCAAGCACAAAGUAACCCAUUCGGAUCUGCGCUUCCUUCAGUGCGUGAUUUGCGUCAAACGGUACUUUACCCAGAGAGUACACCUGAGGAACCAUUUGAACACACACCACCCAGGCAGCAAUGUCGACGAGUUGCUUCAGCGGGGCACGUUGAAGGACGGUGUAAACGUUGCCCCCAAAUCAAGACCGAAUAGUAAAAUGGUUGCCAGUUUGUAAAGUGAAUUAUUUCUAAGCUUAAGGUUUGGUCUCAAUUCCCAUAUUGUUUAGGAAUAUACACUGUUGUACAUUGAACUGUGAAAAAGCAUCCUAAUAAA